AUGUCACCUUCGAGUCCCAACCGCAUCGUGCCAAUUGGACUGUCCAGCGUCACCAACCAUGUCAUGCUCGACCUUACCAUGCCAGUAUUUGCACAUGGCCAGCUCUACACUAGCCUGUCUCGUGUCCGGCGUGGAGCUGACAUCUGCAUCCUCCGGAACCCUUGCGAGAACGACAAGCCAACGCUCAACGUUGUCUAUCGCGACCUACUCCUUCCCAUAUGA